UUGAGGAAUAUGGCUGUUCGCAGGUCUGAGCUGAAAUUUGUUUAUAGGAAUCGAGAGGCGGAGACUUAAUUAGUCAUUAAAUCCUUUCGCAAUUUAACAAGACACCUCGUUGUUGCCGAGUGUCUUUAUUGUUCUAGUUUUCUCUCUCCGUGUGUUGUUUUUGGUUGCUUCAGUCCCCACCGCGCGUUUCUCAACUCCGACCCCCCCCCCCGUCAGUUUAAAAGGAAUUGGGAUCUUCUGGGUUUCGUUUUACGUCUUGAUUUGAAGUCCUGCAGAACCCACCCAACUCACCCCAAAAACAGUUAAAUUUGACCGCGCGUAGUGGUGGAGAGGUGUGAUUUUUCCCCCCUGUUUUUCACUAUCACGCUGAACCUUGCAGCUGUCAUCUUCUGUUAAAGGACCGCAGGGGUGCUGGAGCCUAGCCCAGCUGACUCUGGGCGAGAGUAGCAGGACCAAGAUGGACGUCAACCUGGACGGAUUGUUCCGGCUUAACGUCAGCUACGACUACGACGAUGACUACGCGUACAAAGACGAUGACCCGGAGUCCCAGGGCAGCCAGGCAGUGUGGAUCCCGCUCGUCUACUCGGUCGUUCUGAUCCUCGGCCUGUUCGGGAACGGGCUGCUGCUGGCGACACUGGCACUGAAGAAGCGAGCGUGGAGGACGUCGGACAUCUUCAUUCUCCACCUGAGUGUCGCCGACAUCCUGCUGCUGGUCACGCUGCCACUGUGGGCGGCACAGGCCACCCAGAGUUGCGGAUGGUGCAUCGGACUCGCUCUUUGCAGAAUCAGCGCAGUUAUUUUUAAGCUAAACUUCUUCUGCGGGAUUUUUCUCCUGACCAUCAUUUGUUUGGACCGUUACCUGUCGUUGGUCCACGCCAAGCAGCUGUACUCCCACAAGAAGCCCAUGUUGGCCCACCUCAGCUGCCUGUCGGUGUGGCUCGUCUCCCUGCUUCUCACCGUCCCCGAGUGGCUCUCCGUGGCGUUGGAGCGGCACCCGUGGAAGGAGGAGAGGGCCCAGUGCGUCCUCAGCCUCUACCCCACCAACAAGCGCUUGGCAUCGCGCCUUCCCCACCACGUGCUCAGCGCGGCCUCCGCCAUCGUCAUCGGCUUCUCGUGCGCGAUGCCGUGGCUCCAGCGCCCUGCCAAAACACUCCGUAAGAGGGUGGUCACGCUCAUCCUAGUGGGGGUCUUCUCGCUCUGCUGGAUUCCGUAUAAUGUCGCGCUCGUCGCAGACACAUUCAGAGGGGCAGAGAACACCUCCAACGGUUCGUCCGGUCUUCCCCAAAGUUCCCGGAGGACCUCUCUGACAGUCACGGCGGCAUUGGGCUGCGUCCACGCCUGCCUCAGGCCGUUGCUCUACCUCGGCCUGAGCAGCGAUUUUAGGAAGUGGACCCUGGCGGCGUUGAGUUGCGUCAGAGCAGAACCUAAGGGGUCGGUGUGGGAAUUGGGCGUGGGCGACGACGCCUCGCUCGAGCAGAGCCCCGAGACGGAGGAGCUUAAGCAGAUUGCCAGUGUGGAGCAGCAAGUGCAGUCUAAAAUGGCCACGUAGCAGAGGUGGGGAACUCGAAGCAAGUUGUUCAAUUCAAACUUUAGUCACCAGUUUUAAGACUUGGGACUUGCUUGGCUAAAACAUAUGAUAGACUCGAAUCGACUUGACUUUGACUUGAUAUUCAUGAGCCUUGACGACUUCAACCUGAAUUACAGUGGUACCUUGACAUACCAAUGCCUCAAUUACAGGUUUUUCGAGUUACAAGCUAUUGCAUCGUCGAUUUUUUUGAGCAUUUUGUUGCGAGCCAAAAUUGUACAUACAAGUGAAGAGGGAAGAAAAUGGAGCACUGUAAUACACUCCCGUGUGGGCAAGGAAGGACACACUUACCAAUGCACUUUCAGCCAUUUAUUGAACAGGACCAGCAGCUAAACAAAUAAAAAAAUGAAAACACACGCACAAGGAGCAUGGAACAGAUGUCACCAUGUGGGUAAUGGCUGACCUGAGCUGAAGUCAGAGCUCCUGACUUCACUCACGAGGCCACACCCCCCUUAAAGGCACCCGUCAAACACAAAUACACCGCUCUGUGUGUUUGCGUGUGAGACUUGCGGCUGAAUUGCACUUCUUAAAACUAAUGUAUUUCUUUACAUUCUAUUUUAUUAUGUAUUUAUAUUUUUCAAUACAGUGAUAUUUUUCUUUAUGAAAACAUACAACAAAUAUUGUGGUGGUUUUGGGAGGCUGAAACGAUGAAUGGCAUUUCCAUUCAUUUUAUUGGGGAAAAAAUGUAUUUGAUAUAUGAGUAAAUUUGAGUUGCGAGUUUGGUCAUGUAACAAACUAAACUCAUAAGGUAGCACUGUCUUGGCUGUUUACACUUCAAAAUCAGCAUUUUCAAGAUGUGCCAUUUGUUCUGCUUUUAAACAAAUGUUAUUUUCUGUGUCGUGCAUGCAAACCUGGCAACCCACCAGUACGCUAUGAUGCAAAAAACAUGUGAAGAGCUCAGAAGAUAAUUCAAUUUGGUUUCGAGGAUUAUGUUUUUGAUGAAAUAGAGAAAAAGAGAAAAGCAACAUGCAGGAUUUGCAACUCGAGAGAUGAGACCCAACACCCACAACAUCUAACUUCAUGAGUAAACUGUCAACUUCACAGUUUAGCUAACCUACAGCUGGUCAAAUGUAGGCUUGAAGACAGUUAUGCGUUUCAUUGAAAACACAAUCAAGUAAUAGACAAUGUGGAGACGAGUUUGGAACCAUUAAAAACGGUAAUUGUGAGCAUGUUGGCACAGCUAACGAACACAAGUACCGAUAGUGUUGACAGUACAUGCUAAUACCAAGUGGCUAACGUGCAACUGAGCAAGAAUACACUUGACUCGUGAGCUGCUUAACCCAAGUAAUGACUCGACUCGACUUGCUUGACAUUUAGUGGAAACUCGAAAUUGACUUGCUUGAUUUUUGCCAAAGUAACAGAAUAAUAAUGAUAAGUACCUCUGCCACAUAGGUCAUGAUUAUUUUCUUACUGAUGCACUCUCAAAGGGAAGUUAGUGUCAUGUGCGUCACAGACCGAGGAGGUGUGAUGACUUUUAUUGUCAUGGGGAGUGUGUAAUAUAUUUAACCACUGUUUCACAUUUCUUUGUCACUUUGUGUACAUAUGUUUUUAAUGCCUGUAUUUUAAUAGUCGCUGUUAUUGCAAACUUGUGUUGUCUCAUACACUGCCUAACCCUCCUAAAAAAAAAAAAAAAAAAAAGUCUGCUUUUACCAAAGCAAUUAGAUACGUGCCCUUCUUCCUGGUCUCAAAUUCUUGGUCUUGGUCUCAAAGUGGUCUUGAUUUUGACUUGGUCUCCAAGGCUUGGUCUUGACUUGUCUUCAAAGUCUUGUUCCCAAAGUCUGGGUCUUGACUUGGCCACAAAGACUUUGUAUUGACUUGGCCUCAAAGUCUUGGUCUUAAAGUCUGGGUCUUGACUUGGCAUCUAAGUCUUCUUUUUGACUUGGUCUCAAAGGCUUGGUCUUGAAUUGGUCUUAAAAUCAUGGUCUUGAUUUUAACUUGGCCUCAAAGACUUGGCCACAAAGGCUUUGUCUUGACUUGGCCUCAAAGUCUUGGUCUUGAUUUGGUGUCAAAGUCUUCUUCUUGACUUGGCCUCAAAGGCUUGGUCUUAACUUGGGCUCAAAGUCUUGGUCUUGAAAUCCUGGUCUUGAUUUUGACUUGGCCUCAAAGUAUUGGUCUCAAAGUCUUGAUCAUAACUUAUCUUCAAUUUCUUCAUAUUUAUAUGAAAGUCUGAGUCCCAAAGUCAUGGUCUUGACCUGCCUUCUUUGUCUGAAAGUACCAUAUUGGUCUUGACUUGUUUCAAAGUCUUGGUCUUCACAUGACUUCAGUUAUUAUUAUAAUAGUUAUUAUUAUUAUUAAUGUUUGUGUAUUUUUAUGUACAACACUUUGUUUCAGCUGUGUUGUUUUUCAAAGUGCUCUAAAAAUAAAGUUGAGGUGAGUCAUCCAUUGAUCCUGACCAUCUUUAAUAAUGAGAAGUAUCAGUAAUUCUCCAAGUCCGAAGAAAACUUGAAGGUAUUGGGAGCAUGAGACCACAUUUUCACACAGGGAUUGACCCCCACCACCACAUUCCCAGAAUCCAGACUGUAAGAAUCUUUGGACUGUGCUGAAGGAGGCUUACAGCUGUGGCCCAAUACAAAUGGAAUUUAUCCACACGAUGCUGUAUCAUAAUCAAAGCGACAGGCAAUCUGUAUAGAGCAGUGUGUUUAGAGCAGUUUUUAUGACUGGGCAGUGUAAUUCUAGGAGUUUUAGUAGCUAAAUAUUAUUAUAUGUUGGGAAGAUAAGCUCCUGUCCUUAUCAGUCAUCUUCAACGGUGCCGAGGCACUUGGUAAAGUCGACAGUGACGACUAAGUAAUCUGGCCAUUUUACUCCAAGAACCACGCAGUUACGUAACAAGCAUGUUUUGGUGUCUGCGAGGGAAUUUCCUGCUGGGCAAAUCCUGCAGUGCUUUUUUAUUUUUAUUAUUCACUGUUACAACAUGAUCGUGGAGGGCACACAGCAGGUUGACACAGAUAUGUCGGUAAUGUCAUUGGUCAUGUUUCUACGAGACUAUUAAAAGCUCUGAUGUGUUGACUCCCUGUCUGUUUGGGAGGGCUUGUCUCUCACAGUCAACCAGACCAACCUGAUUUGUAAGUCGAGGUUGUGUAAAUGCAAAGACACGAUACAAAGAAAGAAACAGGGUGAGUGUUAACAGUGUUAAUCCUGUAUAGUCCUCCAAUGGCUGUACUAAAUGUAUGAAAACAAUCAAACAAAUGUGUAUUCUGAGUAACAAUGAGUUAAAUGUUAUUUUGUUUCCUCUCAAAUAAAUAUGUUUGAUGAAAGUACAGAAAAAGCCAUGUUACAAGCCAUUACAACUUAAAGCCAUGACAAAUUGAUCAGUCUUGCAUAUUUGGGUGAGGUUUGCAUGCCCCCACUCUGCUCCGUAUUAUCUCUUUUUUUUUUCUUGCAUAAACCGCACAUUGCACAAGGGUGCAAAGCUGUGCUUUUGUUUUCCCUACAUUUGUUUCCUGUCAGAAUCACACAAGACGUUUUUCUUGAAGGUGUUGAAUUCGUGCCAUGAAGUCAUUGAAAGUCUACACGCCGUAUGAGGACAACAUGUCUUCAAAACUUGCUUUUAGGCAUUGAAGUAAUUCCACUCUGUGCUGAAGUAUAAGCA